AUGGAAUAUCAGAUAUUGAAAAUGUCUCCCAGCCUGUUCAUCCUUCUGUCUCUCACACCUGGUGUUUUAUGCAUUUGUCCUCUCCAAUGUAUAUGCACCGAGAGGCACAGGCGUGUGGACUGUUCAGGCAGAAACUUGACUACAUUACCAUCUGGACUGCAACAGAAUAUUAUCCAUUUAAACUUGUCUUAUAACCACUUUACUGAUCUGCAUAACCAGUUAACCCAGUACACCAAUCUGAGGACCCUGGACAUUUCAAACAACAGGCUUGAAAGCUUGCCUGCUCAGUUACCUCGGUCCCUCUGGAAUAUGUCUGCUGCUAACAACAACAUUAAACUGCUUGAAAAAUCUGAUACUGCUUAUCAGUGGAACCUUAAAUACCUGGAUGUUUCUAAGAAUAUGCUGGAAAAGGUUGUCCUCAUUAAAAAUACACUAAGAAGUCUCGAGGUUCUCAACCUCAGUAGUAACAAACUCUGGACAGUUCCAACCAACAUGCCCUCCAAACUACACACCGUGGACCUGUCUAACAAUUCCUUGACACAAAUCCUUCCAGGAACAUUAAUAAACCUGACAAAUCUCACACAUCUUUACCUGCACAACAAUAAGUUCACAUUCAUUCCAGAUCAAGCUUUUGACCAACUCUUUCAGUUGCAAGAGAUAACCCUUUACAAUAACAGGUGGUCAUGUGACCACCACCAAAACAUUACUUAUUUACUUAAGUGGAUGAUGGAAACAAAAGCCCAUGUAAUAGGGACUCCCUGUUCUAGCCAAAUAUCAUCUUUGAAGGAACAUAACAUAUACCCCACACCUUCUGGAUUUACCUCAAGCUUGUUCACUGUAAGUGGGAUGCAGACAGUGGACACCAUUAACUCUCUGAGUACGGUAACUCAGUCCAAAGUGACCAAAAUACCCAAACAAUAUCGAACAAAGGAAACAACAUUUGGUGCCACUCUAAGCAAAGGUACCACCUUGACUAGCACUGACAAGGCUUUUGUGCCCUAUCCAGAAGAUACAUCCACAGAAACCAUCAAUUCACGUGAAGCAGCCGCUGCAACUCUAACUAUUCAUCUCCAAGAUGGAAUGGUUACAAACACAAGCCUCACUAGCUCAACAAAAUCAUCCCCAACACCCAUGACCCUAAGUAUUACUAGUGGCAUGCCAAAUGAUUUCUCUGAAAUGCCUCAACAAAGCACAACCCUUAACUUACGGAGGGAAGAGACAACCACAGAUGGAAAGACACGCUUACCUUCUGUGGCAAGUGCUUGGAAAGCAAAUGCUUCGUUUCUCUUAAUGCUCAAUGCUGUGGUCAUGCUGGCUGUCUGA